AUGGCCUCGAACGGCUCUGAUUCUGGUGCAGGGACCAAAUCCUACACAACACAGAAUGGUACCUGGCGCAUCACAACCCGCAAACUCCCCAUCCUCAAAGCCACGCCCAUCGACCAACUCAGCAACGACCUUGGGAUCCCCAUACCUGAGAUGAUCUUCGGCGACAACUUGGUCUCCAUCAUUCACCUCCCCACAGCUUGGACACUAUCAUUUAACGCCCGCGAUGCCCUCGACCGCGUGAGUAAAACAGAAGAGGGAAUGCUGCAAGUUGCCGUCGCGGAGGAAUGGAAGAAGGAUCGCAAGGAGGCGAUGGUGAAGGAUGAGGUGAAGAGUGUGGUGAAGCCGUUUGAUUGGAGUUAUAGUACUGAUUAUCGGGGUUCUACGGAUGUUGGGGGUAGUAAGGAGGGAAGGUGGGAGAGAAGUUCGCAGGGGAAGGAUCCGGUGAGGACGGAUUUACUGGUCCGACCAGAUCCGAUCUUGUUCUUCGAGACGGUGGAUCUGUAUGAAGACGAACUGGCGGAUAACGGUAUAGCACUCCUCAGCAUCAAGAUCCGUGUCAUGCCUGAGCGAUUACUGCUUCUGUCUCGGUUCUUUCUGAGGUUGGAUGGGGUCGUGGUCAGGAUCAGGGAUACGAGGGUGUAUAUCGAGCAUGGUUCGGAAAAGGUUAUACGGCAGUACACAGCGAAGGAAGAGAGUUAUGCUGUGCUGCAGGAGAAAUUGAAGGGGAUGAGGGAGAAUGCUCCCGAGGCGUUUCGGGAUGCUAAUGUGUUGGCGCCACUGUUGAGGACGGAGGUGGAUGAGGUGGAGGUGUUUGAGGUGGGAUGA